GCUCCGCUCUGUUGACUCCUCUGAUUCACUCCCUCCGCCAUAUAUAUCUGAUUUCCUCCUCGCCUGAAGCGCUUUCGACCGAUCCACGUCUCUAUUCUGCAGUUAGUUUAGCUUUUAACAGCAUUUACACAGCCAUGCUUUCAGUACAGAGUCUGUUUGUGUGUCUUUUAUUCAUUGUGGCCACGACCUUCGCCUCUGUUGACAAGAUGACCGCAGCCACGGUGUACUGGGACCCCCAACACAAGAUCGUCCUGCUGAAGGAAGGGGUGCUGGAGACGGAGGGGGAUGCAUACGGGUAUCUGAACGAUACCCUGUCCAGCACAGGCUGGAGCAUCCUAGAGAUCCGUGCCGGGUACGGGAAGACACCUGAAACUGAUGAGGUGACUUUCUUCCUGGCCGGCUACCUCGAAGGCUUUCUCACUGCCCAGCAGAUGAUGGACAACUACGCCAACAUGUAUCCGCAGCUGAUCCACGACCCAAAGAUCCUCGGCCCGGUUCAGAGUUUCAUGGCGAAGCAGGACUCGUGGACCAGAGAGCAGGUGAAACUGAACAAGAGCUCUGAUCCUCUGUGGAAACACGUAGGCUUCAUCGUGGCUCAGAUGGAUGGACUGCAAGCAGGAGUCGCACACUGGGCCAAGAAACAAGGGAAAAAGCCGCUGUCCCUGUUUGCCGUCCAGUUCCUGAAUGCAGUGGGAGACCUGCUGGAUCUGAUCCCAGCCUUGGUCCCCACCUCCAACCCUCCGCUCAGAAACUUCAAACGUCCGGGGAUGGGACACUGCUCUGCUCUCAUCAAGAUCCUGCCAGGCUUUGAGAACCUCCUGUUUGCCCACUCCAGCUGGUACACUUACGCUGCCACAAUGCGGAUCUACAAACACUGGGACUUCCGCAUCACUGAGCCCCACACGGCCACUGGGAAACUGUCCUUCAGCAGCUACCCUGGUUUCCUCGUGUCUCUGGAUGACUUCUACCUCUUGGGCAGCGGUCUGAUGAUGACACAGACCACCAACAAUGUCUUCAACACCUCCCUUUUUGACACAAUCACUCCCAACAGCCUGCUGUCGUGGCAGAGGGUCAGGCUGGCUCACAGUUUGGCACAUACCGGAGAAGAGUGGGCCAAAACCUUCUCCACGUACAACUCUGGUACCUACAACAACCAGUACAUGGUGUUGGACAGGAGCAAAGUGAAGCUGGGCCACAGUGUUGAUGACGGCGCUCUGACUGUGGUGGAGCAGAUCCCCGGGCUGGUGGAGUACUCUGACCAGACGCAGGCUCUGCGCAGAGGUUACUGGCCGUCCUACAACGUUCCCUUCCACCAGAAGAUCUACACGCUGAGCGGUUAUGGAGAAAUGUGGGAAGAGCACGGAGAAGACUUCUCUUACGACCUCUGUCCCAGAGCCAAGAUCUUCCGCCGCGACCAGGCCGAUGUCAAGGACCUGGAUUCCUUGAAGCACAUCAUGAGGUUUAAUGACUACAAGAAGGAUCCAUACUCCAAGGGUGACCCCUGCAAGACCAUCUGCUGCCGUUGCGACCUAUGGACAGAGAGGCCUACACCAGGAGGUUGCUAUGACACUAAGGUGACAGAUUUCAACAUGGCUGGGGACUUCCGUGCGGAGGCAGUAAACGGGCCAACGACACAGGACGGACUCCCGCCGUUCAUUUGGGAUAAAUUCAGCAACAUCAGCCACCAGGGUCUGCCGCAGUACUACAACUUCACCUUCGUCCGGAUGCAGCCUCUUCUCUUCAAGCCAUGAGGUGGGAUUCUGUCUGCCUGAUGCUUUCAGAGUAAUGAGUCAUGAGUCAUUUGUUUUGUGGUUCACACAUCCGUUUACACACGGAUGAUUUUGAGUUUAAUUAUUGCUUUAAAGUUUCAAUCUCACAGAUCUCCAUUUGGUUCUCUUUGGUGAUAAGCGGUAAUCGCAGGUGUGUUUUUGGAUCUCAAUCCCAGCGAUACAAACAAAUGCUUUCUUUUGAGGUUUUACAUUUUAUGAGUAACAAUACCUCCUUCUACGUGAUAAAAUGCAAGAUGUCAAACUGCCAAUCAGAUUUUAAAUCAGUAUUUUAACGUGUGUAUGUAUUAUUUACUUUGGGAUUACAGUAGAGAUCAGUAUAUACCUGCAACCAUUUGUGCCUUGAACACUGAGACUAACUUAAUGAUUUUUUGAAACGCAGAAUCAAUGCACUAAAUCAGUGGUCAUUUUUUAAAUCUUUUUUUAAUGCUUGAAUGUCUUCAUGCAUGCAAACACUAUAAUUUCAGAGGUAAAUGAAACAAUCAGUGCAAUGUCAUACUCAGGGCUGUUGAUCUUCUCUAGUGCUGUGAUUUAUGUGCGCCUAUUUCUUAUGCUGUGCAAAAUGAAAAAAUAUCUCAGGUUUAAAUGUUUGUAUAAGCCUGUGUUUCUUAUUUAAUGUUAUGUGUAAUACUGCACAUCUGUAUCAUGCCAUCAUUUCAUGUGUUCAUUUUUUAUUAAAGUUUUACAGUGGUACCAGCACA